GACGGCGGCAUUAAUCGACAUAAGCAGGCGUGUGCUCAGUCUCAGUUAAUUUAAUCCUUAAAUUUAAUAUAUUGAGUAAACGAGAGAAAAAAUUCACAAGUAUACAAUGGAGGCGGCAUUGGAUGAAAUAAUUGCCGGUCUGAUGUGCACAGAAACCAAACGUAUACACGAGAGUACCGCAGCUUUGAGCAAGGCGUUCGAGAAUCCCGAGGCCCUGCCAGUGCUCUGCCAAAUGCUAGUCUCGAAUCGCGAGACACAGGCGCGCCACUUGGCAGUUGUGCUGGUGAACAAGCGUCUCCUGAAGCUGCGCAACUGGCAGAUGGUGCCGCCCGAGCAUCAGGAAGGCAUUAAGGCUUGCAUGCUCCAGGCGUUGAUAAGGGAGAAGGAGAAGGGCGUGAAAACUGCCAUUGCCCAGGUUAUUGGGACUCUAGUGCGUCAUGAGGCGGACAAAAAGGACUCGUGGUUGGCCGAAUUGCUGACCUUCAUUUUCCAACGCUGCAGCAUGGCCGAUCCCAAAGAGAGCGAACUGGGCUCGUCCAUCUUCGCCACGUUGACCGACUCCGCGCCAGAUCAGUUGGUCAGCCAAAUGUCGGAGAUCUGUCAGCUCUUCUCGAGUGUGCUGAACACCGCCCAGGCCAAUGGAGACAUGGCCACCCCCACUGUGGCCAAUAUGAUGGAGGGAAUGUGCUCCCUGAUUCCAUUCAUUGUCGGCCACACAAGCGCAGAGCAGACGGUGGCCAAGGUCGUCCCACUGAUGGUCUUUGCACUCCAGGCCUUUGUCCAAAAGGGAGUCGUAGCAGAAUUCACCACCGCAUUUGAGAUCAUAGACUCGCUGGCCGAGUAUGUGCCGAAACUGUUGAAUAAUUACAUCAAGCUGUUGGUUGACUUCUGCCUGGCGGCGCUGGGCAACAAGGAGAUCGAUGAUCAGAUUCGUAUUCUGGUGGUCACCUUCGUGGGUCGCAUGAUCCGUGUCAAGAAGAAGGCAAUCGUCAAGCAGAAGCUCCUGGAACCCAUCCUGCUCGUCGUCUUCGAGAUGAUGUGCUGUGAAUACGACAACGAUGAUGAGGACGAAUACUUCUCGGGGACCAGCAACACUCCCAUGACUGCGGCCUCUCAAACCCUCGAUGUGAUGGCUCUCCAGAUGUCGCCAGAGAAGCUGAUUCCACCACUGUUGCAGAUUCUCGAGCCUGCUCUGCAAAACCCGGACCCACUGCGCCGUCGCGCCGCAUUCAUGUCCAUGGCCCUCAUUUCCGAGGGCUGUUCGGAGGCCAUUAAACGGAAGUACCUUGAAGUUAUGCUGAACAUCAUCAAGGGCGGCAUCAUCGAUCAGGAUCCAUCUGUGCGCAACGCAGCCUUCUUUGCCCUGGGCCAGUUCUCGGAGUUUAUGCAGCCCGAAAUAUCCAAAUUCGCACCACAGAUUCUGCCCGUGCUGUUUGAGUUUCUCCAACAACUGGUUGCCGAGCUGCAGAGGGGCCAGCCAGAGCCCACCCACAUGGAUCGCAUGUUCUAUGCCCUGGAUGUAUUCUGCGAGAACCUCGAGGAGGAGAUUGUACCACAUCUGCCGGUGCUGAUGGCUCGUCUAUUCGAGUGCAUGGAUCAACAGAACUCGAUUCACAUUCGACAGCUCGCCCUGUCCACCAUCUCGUCGGUGGCCACCGCUUCGAAGGCGAAUUUGGUGCCGUAUUUUAAUCCCAUUGUGGACAUACUGAAGAACUAUCUGGUGAACGAUUGUGCCGUUGAGCUGAAUGAGCUGCGCAUUCAGUCCAUCGAUACACUGGCCGCGAUCACCCGAACGGUGGGCAAGGAGAACUUUAUGCACCUCGUCCAAGACACGAUGAACUAUUGCACGAAUAUGCUGGAGAAGGGCCCUGACGAUCCGGACCUGAGACGUGCCAUCUACUCUCUCAUUGGAGCCCUGUCUGUCGUUAUCACAGACAAUAUGACAUCCAUCUUCCCGAAGGUGAUCGAACGCCUGAUCCAGUCGGUCGUAUCGACCGAGGAUACGCUGGUAAAGGUGCGCGAGGACUCGCCCACCGGCGGCCUCCUGACCGAAAUCGACUUGGGCGACACCGACAACGAGGACGAUGAUGACGACGAUAUUGGAGACUAUCAAGUGGAGAACGACUACGUCUUUGAGAAGGAGGAGGCCAUAAUGACGCUCAAGGAGUUCGCUAAGAAUUCGAGCACCGCCUUUGCCCCCUACCUGACAAUGGUGUUCGAGGAGGUGUACAAGACCAUUGAUCACGGCCAGGAUGUUGUCCGCAAGGCAGCCAUUGCGGCGCUCUGCGCAUUCGUCGUUACCCUCCACAAGAUGAACGACGUAGACGGAGUAAAGCGCGCAUGCACUAUCCUCAUUCCCAAGUUUGUUUCGCUGGUAAAGAACGACGAGGAGCAGGGUGUCGUCUGUCAAGUCCUCGAAGAUCUUGGUGACCUGUUCAAGGACGUUGGAAGGGCGGCGUUGCCGACGCCUGAUCUUGCCGAGGCGGUCAUUGGAUGCAUUAAAGACGUGCUGCUUAACAACACAGCCUGUCAGUUCAAUGAGCCGAGUGGCGGCGGCGACGAGGAGGAGGCCGAUGAAAGCGAGUACGAUGAGGCACUCAUCGAGAGUGCUGGCAACCUGGUGGCAAUGAUUGGCCACUCCCUGGAACCUGAGACAUACUCCCUGUACUUUGGGCGCAUGUACACUUUCUUCUUGACCAAGCUGGAAAAGGCAAAGAAGAACGACGAUCCAGAUCAGCGUUCCUUCAUCUAUGGCGUCCUGGCCGAAUGCUUCCAGUCGUUGGGCCUUUGUGUGGUCAUCUACUUCGAUUCGCUCUGUCCCGUGUUGCUGGCGGGCACCACCGACUCGUACGCCAAGUCACGUCAGAACAGCUACUUCGGCCUGGGCGAGCUGGUCUAUCACGCAGAAGAGAAGUCCUUCGACUCGUUUGGUGUGAUUUUACAGGCCCUGUCUGAGGCUAUCGCCAAGGAGCAGAAUGCUCCUGCCUUGGACAAUAUCUGCGGCGCUGUGUCGCGCCUGAUCAUAACCAAUCACAACAUGGUGCCCCUGGAUCAUGUGCUGCCCGUUUUCAUGUCCAGUCUGCCCCUGCGCGAGGACACUGAAGAGAAUGACGUUGUGCUGAAGGCAUUCCGAAUGCUCUACCAGAAUGCGCGUCCCAGCAUUGCCAACCACAUUGAGCAGAUGCUGAACGUCUUGUUGCACGUGCUGUUCAAGCGCGAGUUUAGCGACGAUGAGAUGGCCGCCAACAUGGCUGCCUUUGUGAAGGAGAUCCGCAACGACUAUCCCGGUCACUUUAACAACGUGGCCAACUCGAGUCCGAAUUUGUGCGCCUUCGUGCAGUCCCUCUAAGCAGCGUCAGCAGCAGCAGCAGCCCCAAUGUCAGACCUCUCAACUAUUACUAGCUCAUACACAUUCGUGGCAGUUUUACGCCAAAAUCUCAAAUUAUUUAGUCAGCAAACAUCCCACAAUCUGUCCAUGAUGUGGUCGAAGUUGAAACAAAAUUAUACACACAGUAUGGAUCAUUUAAACUCUCGAAGAAGUCAAUCCCUCAGAGAGAUACACGGAUGCACGGUACGAGCUAAUGAAAUGUUUUCUAAUUUAUAAUUGCAAAGCGAUAUGAAUAGUCUGAAAUAAAUUAAACGAAUCAAUGAAAACUAA